AGAGGGGUUGGCUGUCCGACAGUUCCUGGAGUCCAGCGGAAGAGAAGGAGCCGCUUGGUCACCAUGAAGUCCUUGAUCCUGAUUUUUGCGGCCGCGCUCCUGGGAGGCUCCUGGGCCAACCCUCUUGUGCAAGAGGAGCUAAAAUCCAACUGGGAGCGGGCCGUGGAAGGCUUCUGGGAGUACGUCACCAAGGUCGGGAAUUCCGCCGAUGAGGUCACCACCCAGAUUAAGGCUUCGCAGAUCAGCAAGGAACUGGAUGGCCUCAUCACAGACACCAUGGGGGAACUGGAGCACUACACCACAGACCUCAGUAACAAGAUCGGCCCAUACGCUCGGGACGUGCAGCAGCGCAUGAAUACGGAAGUGUCGGCCCUGACAGAGAAACUGCGGACUGACAUGGAAGAGACCAAAACCAAGGUGCUCCAAUACACCAACGACGCGCGCGUCAUGUUCGACCACAACGUGGAAGUGGUUCGGUCCCAGGUCGACCUGUACCUGCGCAAGCUGAGGAAACGCAUCGGCAAGGACACCGAGGCCUUGCGGAACAAGUUCGCCGCCUACGCCGAGGAGGUACGGGCUACCACCGACGACAAAGUCGACGCCGUGCGCCAGCAGCUGGCGCCGUACAUUUCCAGCAUCCGCGAGAAGGGGCAGCAGCGUCUCCAGGCCCUGCAGCAGGCCGUGGAAGAGCAAGGAAGGAUGGUCGGGGAACAGCUCAGCGCCCGCGCCCAGGAGCUUCACAACCACUUCCGGGGGAGAGCGGAGGAAGUCAAGGUCAAUAUUGACCAAGUGGCUGACAAGGUACGCCAGUGGUUCGACCCCUUGCUGAAUGACCUCCGCUCCCAGAUCGAGACCUUGGUGGACAAGUUCAAGCAGCUGCAGUCUUAAAAGGUGGCCGGCAUAGCCCGGAAGCGAACACCGCCGCCGCCCUUGGUUUCUAGGGAAACCAAGAUGGCCUCCUGGGCUGAGGCUCCUUGGUGGAAAAGGCACAGGUGGUCACUAAAUGUACUAAUCCCACACUGCCCAGCAGACCUUCCACACACGCCUCCCUCCCGUUCCGUUCGGCGGCCAUUUUGGCCCAUUAACACCCCGCCCACUCCCUGCAGGCAACGCCACCUCCUAGGCCCCGUGGUGCCGAUCGACCCCCGACAAGACGGGCCGUAUAACAGUUCGCCACGCUUCCCUGUUUUAACACGUACGUCCACCCGAGACACUUGUGUCGUGCCUUUCGCCAAAAUUUCUCGGCUUUUUACCGGAGUUUUCCGUUUCGACCUGUAACUAAAUAAAAGUAUAUGUACUUCA